GGUCUCCAGCUUGCAUCAACAAGUUAGGGGAUGAUGGAGCCCAAGCCGUGAAGGACAGCUGCGUGAUCCUCAAUUAACAAAUUGAGCUGACAGCGCUGCCGUCUGGCGCAGGAGGGACAACAUGUCGAAAACGUGCAUUGGAAUUGUCAAGGAUGCUAACCGCUAACUUUGAUUUUAGCCUCAAGGGAAAACCUCUAUUCUGUGAUUGUGCUUUUUAAAGGAAAGGGAUCAAAUUCUGGUCAUGGAAUUUCUUUUGUUAAAACUGCGGGGAGUCAGCAUUGCUUUAUUUGAGGCCAUCACGAUUCCUUUUGUCUCUUCUCAAAAGGGUUUUUUCCUAUUGGAUUUCCUUUCAGUCUGGGCGCUCAAAGAAUCAGUGGAGAAAGACAGUUGAAUGCAGCCUCUGAUGUGCAGAAAAGAAUGGGUUUCCAUUCAAGGUGGAUAUUGGUGGGACCAGCACCAGCAGCUCUCUCUGUCAUCAGCAUGCUGCUGAGCCUACUCUCUGUGUCAUGCACGACCUGCCCUCAGAAAUGCCGCUGUGAGGACCUGCAGUUUUACUGCGACACACAGGGGCUCCUGGCCCCCCCGGACGGUGUGGACAGGGGGGCCUUGGGGCUCUCACUGCGGCACAACAGCAUCAUCGAACUAAGCACUGAUCAAUUUUACGGCUUCAGCCAGCUAACGUGGCUCCACUUGGACCAUAACCAAAUAAUCACGGUGCAGGAAGAUGCUUUUCAGGGGCUCUACAAGCUCAAGGACCUCAACCUGAGUUCCAAUCGCAUCACCAAGCUGCCCAACACCACCUUCAUCCACCUCAUCAACCUCCAGAUCCUGGACCUCUCCUUCAAUCAGAUGACCGCGUUAGAGCCAGAGCUCUUCCAUGGGUUGCGGAAGCUCCAGAUCUUGCAUCUGCGAUCAAAUUCUCUACGCACCACACCUGUGAGAGCAUUCUGGGACUGUCGCAGCCUGGAGUACUUGGGUCUCAGCAACAAUCGGCUGAGAAGCCUGGCCCGAAACGGCUUUGCAGGCCUCAUUAAGCUGCGGGAGCUCCAUUUGGAGCACAACCAGUUGACCAAGAUCAACCUGGCGCACUUCCCCAGACUGAUUGCCUUACAGGUUCUAUACCUCCAGUGGAACAAGAUCAACAACUUAACCUGUGGGAUGGAAUGGACCUGGACAACACUGGAAAAGCUGGACCUCACUGGGAAUGAGAUUCGCAUGCUAACGCCUGAUGUGUUUCACACUCUUCCCAAUCUUAAGAUUCUGCUUCUGGAUAAUAACAGACUUACAAGCCUUCACAGCCAGACACUGGAUAUGUGGCGGUCACUGAGCACCAUUGGGCUCUCCAGCAACCUUUGGGAAUGUACGAAAAGAAUUUGCUCACUGGCUACAUGGCUGAGCACGUUCAAAGGAAGAUGGGAACAUCCCAUAUUGUGCCAUAGUCCAGAGUAUGCGCAGGGUGAGGAAAUACUGGAUGCAGUUUAUGGAUUCCAGCUUUGUCAAAAUUUUUCUGCACCGUUCUCACUAAGUACCCCACCUCCUGUGGUCACUUCAGCCCAGGAAGUGACCACGUCCCUGUUUGGAAUUAUGCAGACCGCGUCACAGGACUUCCAUGCAGAGGAUUUUGAAAGCUUCACUACAGUUGCUACCAUCACCACUGCCACCCCAGCAACCAAGACUUUGCUUGCAACCACCACCACCCCUGCAACCACGACAACGACGACAGUGGGGUGGGCCGCUGUCACCGAAGAGGACUUCUCAGACAUAGACAACAGAGUACUCACCCAAAGGGUCAUUAUCGGAACUAUGGCUCUGCUGUUUUCUUUCUUCCUAAUAAUUUUUGGGGUGUACAUUUCCAGAAAGUGCUGCCCUCCCACGCUGAGGCGGAUCCGGCAUUGCUCAGCAAUUCAGAACCGCAGGCAGAUGAGGACCCAGGCACGGCAGCCCAUGGCAGACCUGGCCACCCAGGUGCCCUAUAAUGAAUACGAGCCCAGCCACGAAGAAGGCGCACUCGUCAUUAUUAAUGGGUAUGGGCAGUGCAAAUGCCAGCAGCUGCCUUAUAAAGAGUGUGAAGUAUGAACCAUUAUUUAUUCCUGAAGUUCAUGGUUGCCCAUUUAGCCAUUCCAGACAAUAGUGUCGGUUAGUUAUUUUUCUGUGUGCGCACGCACGCGUGCAUUAGAGGGAGAAAAAGAUGUUAUUUCAUCUUUGAAUACAACAUGGGUGCAGAUGCAGAAUGGAGUUAAAGGGUAUUGGCCAUUUUGCUUUUAUCUAUCUUUCUGGGAUAUUCAAAUUAAUUUAACAGAAGUGAAAUAAAAUUCACAAAUUUAUUUUUGUAAGAUGAAAACUGUUCAUAUAAAGCAGCAAAGCCAACUGAAGAUAAAAAGCAGUUGUCAUUUAUUUGGGGACAGAGGUAGUAUGUUCCCAAAGAGAAAAUGGCCUACACUCCACAAGCAAGGCACCAUUUUCCUGGUC